CCCCUCCUCGCCCGGCCGAGCAGCUCCGCCUCUCCUUCCUCAGUCGCCGAGCCCGGGCCUGUCCAGCGCCACACGCUCCAGCUCCUGCCGCCGCCUGUAACCCGAGCCUGCUGUCGGCCACGUUCCUGCUUCGCCAUGGAGGAUUAUCACAAGCCCGACCAGCAGACGCUGCAGGCCCUGAAGGACACGGCCAAUCGGCUGCGCAUCAACUCCAUCAAGGCCACCACCGCGGCUGGCUCCGGCCACCCAACGUCAUGUUGCAGUGCUGCAGAAAUCAUGUCUGUGCUGUUUUUCCAUACCAUGAGGUACAAGCCACAGGAUCCCAGAAAUCCUAACAAUGACCGGUUUGUUCUUUCCAAGGGUCAUGCAGCCCCAAUCUUAUAUGCUGCCUGGGCUGAAGCAGGCUUCCUCCAUGAAUCAGAGUUAUUAAACCUGAGGAAGAUUGAUUCCAUUUUGGAAGGCCACCCUGUGCCAAAACAAGCAUUCACUGAUGUAGCUACUGGAUCACUUGGUCAAGGAUUGGGUGCUGCAUGCGGUAUGGCCUACACCGGGAAGUAUUUUGACAAAGCCAGCUACCGUGUUUAUUGUGUCCUUGGUGAUGGAGAAUUGUCUGAAGGUUCAGUUUGGGAGGCAAUGGCCUUUGCUGGGUUCUACAAGCUGGAUAAUUUGGUUGCUAUUCUUGACAUUAACCGACUGGGACAAAGUGACCCUGCGCCUCUGCAGCAUCAUGUUGAAAUCUACCAAAAACGUUGUGAAGCCUUUGGCUGGCAUGCUAUCGUCGUUGAUGGGCACAGUGUGGAGGAACUGUGCAAAGCCUUUGGCCAGGCCAAACAUCAGCCAACUGCAAUUAUUGCCAAGACUUAUAAAGGCAAAGGAAUAACAGGUGUUGAGGAUAAGGAAAACUGGCAUGGCAAACCUCUUCCCAGAAACAUGGCUGAGCAAGUCAUUUCAGAGAUUGAUGACAGAAUCCAGAACAAGAAAAAGCUUUCUCCAGCCCUUCCUCAAGAAGAUGCACCAGUUGUCAGUAUCAGAAAUGUCAAGAUGCCUUCACCACCAAAUUACAAGAUGGGAGAGAAGUUUGCUACUCGCAAAGCUUAUGGCUUGGCCCUUGCCAAACUGGGCCAUGCCUGUGAUCGUGUGGUUGCUUUGGAUGGGGAUACCAAAAAUUCCACUUUCUCUGAGCUCUUCAAAAAAGAGCACCCCAGCCGUUUCAUUGAAUGCUACAUCGCUGAACAAAACAUGGUGAGCGUUGGCGUUGGUUGUGCAACCCGGGACAGAAACAUUGUGUUUGCCAGCACCUUUGCCACAUUUUACACCAGGGCAUAUGAUCAGAUCCGCAUGGCAGCAAUUUCCGAGAGCAAUAUCAACCUCUGUGGAUCUCACUGCGGUGUAUCCAUUGGUGAAGAUGGACCUUCACAGAUGGGGCUGGAAGAUCUGUGCAUGUUCCGUGCCAUUCCUAAUUCAACUGUAUUUUACCCUAGUGAUGCUGUAUCCACUGAAAAGGCGGUAGAAUUGGCUGCAAAUACAAAGGGCAUCUGUUUCAUACGAACCAGUCGUCCAGAAAAUGCCGUGAUCUAUGGCAGCAAUGAGGAUUUCCAUGUUGGACAAGCCAAGGUGGUAUUGAAGAGCAAAGAUGACCAGGUCACAGUUAUUGGAGCAGGUGUAACUCUGCACGAGGCACUGGCUGCAGCUGAGCAACUGAAGAGAGAAAAAGUUUCCAUCAGAGUGAUUGACCCCUUCACUAUAAAACCUCUGGAUAAGAAAACUAUACUUGAAAAUGCAAGAGCAACCAAAGGCAGAAUUAUCACUGUGGAAGACCAUUACUAUGAAGGUGGCAUUGGAGAAGCCGUCGCUGCGGCUGUGGUUGGAGAACCAGGGAUCACAGUCUCUCGCUUGGCUGUGUCCCACAUACCAAGAAGUGGAAAAUCAGCUGAGCUGCUUAGGAUGUUUGGCAUCGAUAAGGAUGGCAUCAUCCAGGCUGUGAAGUUGGCAGUGUCCAAAUCAAGGAAUGCAGAGUAGUUUGUGUUGUACACCCAUUGUGUUCUGGGGCAGUGUUUUGGGAUAAGGAUGGUUAAAAAAAAAAGAGCACUGUAGCUUUCAAACAGGGUUGAAAUUAUAUGCAGAGUUUUAAUGGAAGAAUUCUAAUAAAAGUAAAAGUUUUGGGAGAAAAAUCA